GGGCGGACCACUCUGCUCCUGGUAAUAUUACGCCAGGACAUACGCAUAACAUAACGCAUUAGGCAUCUUUAGGUAAUCCCUGCUUCCCCAAAGCAACAGCUCUUCUCUUCUCUUCUCGCCUCUUGGUUCUUCUUUUCUUCUCUUCUUUCCUCUUCUUUCCUCCUCAUCCUCUUCUCCCCAUCCUCGCUCCUCUUUUCCACAUCUCCCCAGACUCCCAGCUCCCCAGACCGUCCCAAACUACUCGCCUGUGUCUGCUUGUCCCACUACCCCACCUUGUCUUUCAUCAUGGCGGAAAAAGCUGUGUAAGUUCAACCCCUCCUCCGCUUCGAAGCAUCAUCGCCUUUUUUUUGGUGGUUUCUUGCACAAUCCCCUCCUGCAGGGGAGACGGACUUGAGCCGUAUACCCCUUCCUGGGGAUUUCAUCGUGGAAGAGCUAUCUUCUCCUCCCUCCCCUCAUUUGCGCACCCGCCUGUUAACUCGUAGACUACACGGCUGACUUAAAGCGCACGUCUGGCCGGCAUCAAUGUCGGCUCCCCAGCGCCUCUGUUGCCUAGUGCUGAUUUUGGCCUCAUCGGUCUGGCCGUCAUGGGUCAGAACCUGAUCCUCAAUGGUGCCGAUCAUGGCUUCACCGUCUGCGCCUAUAACCGUACCACUUCCAAGGUCGAUCGCUUCCUGGAAAACGAGGCCAAGGGCAAGUCCAUUAUCGGUGCCCACUCGGUCGAGGAAUUCGUCUCCAAGCUCAAGCGCCCUCGUGUUAUCGUCCUCCUCGUCAUGGCUGGCAAGCCUGUGGACGCUUUCAUCGAGUCUCUUCUGCCUCACCUUGAGAAGGGUGACAUCAUUGUUGACGGUGGUAACUCCCACUUCCCUGAUUCCAACCGUCGCUGCAAAUCUCUGGCCGAGAAGGGUAUCCGCUUCGUUGGCAGCGGCGUCUCUGGAGGUGAAGAGGGUGCUCGUUAUGGUCCCUCUCUGAUGCCCGGAGGUAACGAGGAGGCCUGGCCCCACAUCAAGAACAUCUUCCAAAGCAUUGCUGCUAAGAGUGACGGUGAGCCCUGCUGCGACUGGGUCGGAGAUGAGGGUGCUGGCCACUACGUCAAGAUGGUCCACAACGGUAUCGAGUAUGGUGACAUGCAGCUGAUUGGCGAGGCAUACGAUAUUAUGAAGCGUGGUUUGGGCAUGCAUCCCUCCGAGAUCGCUGAGGUCUUCGACAAGUGGAACAAGGGUGUCCUUGACUCCUUCUUGAUCGAGAUCACGCGUGACGUCCUCCGCUAUAAUGACAACGACGGCGUUCCUCUUGUUGAGAAGAUCCUCGACAAGGCUGGCCAGAAGGGCACUGGCAAGUGGACUGCCAUGAACUCUCUGGAUCUCGGUAUGCCCGUGACCCUGAUUGGUGAGGCGGUCUAUGCUCGCUGCCUCAGUGCGAUCAAGGAUGAGCGUGUCAAGGCUAGCAAGAUCCUCGGCGGCCCCACCCCCAAGUUCACCGGUGACAAGCAGGCUUUCAUCGAUGACCUGGAGCAGGCCUUGUAUGCCUCCAAGAUUAUCUCCUAUGCCCAGGGAUUCAUGCUCAUCCAGGACGCGGCUAAGGAGUACGGUUGGAAGUUGAACAAGCCGUCCAUCGCCCUGAUGUGGCGUGGCGGUUGCAUCAUCCGCUCCGUCUUCCUCAAGGACAUCACCAAUGCCUACCGCAAGAACCCCGAGCUGGAGAACUUGCUGUUUGAUGACUUCUUCAACAAGGCCAUCCACAAGGCCCAGGACGGCUGGAGAAACGUUGUCAGCAAGGCUGCCUUGUGGGGUCUUCCAAUGCCGGCCUUCAGCACUGCCCUCAGCUUCUACGACGGAUACCGCAGCGCCAACCUUCCUGCCAACCUGCUGCAGGCUCAGCGUGACUACUUCGGUGCGCAUACCUUCCGCAUCAAGCCCGAGAACGCCAACGAGAACUACCCUGAGGGCAAGGAUAUCCACGUUAACUGGACUGGACACGGCGGUGAUGUCUCUGCUUCGACCUAUGUGGUUUAAUGGGGGGGUUUUAUGCGACUACGCUGGACGUGGGAACAGACUGCCCGCUUUGAAACGUUGGUUCCAAAGUGGAGGGCCGUGGAAGAAAAUAGAACGGUUACGGUGAAAUAGGAAUAUCUAUUGUCUGAUGAGCCAACGUUGUAUCUACCUAGAUGCUUCUUGUCAUAUUUAUGCAUAUUUAGUUUUUGUCAAAAAAAAUAUCAUGGGUUUGGUCUGGUGAGCAUGGCUGGGCAUAAUAAAACAGCACCAGACCGGACAUGGGGAAUGAUAACAUGUACUUUCCCGUAAGAGAGCAGGCAUUCUGGAAUUCCCCUUCCUGGCUUUUGUCUUCCUAGCAUCGCUAUCAGGCAAGGCGCUGUGCUGCUUUGUAAAACGCCCAGCUCGGGGCUGCUUCCAUCGAGC